ACUCAUCUUUGUCAGUGAACAAAAUGGCGUCUUACUGUUUGACUGUCAGUAGGCUUCGGCUCGCCCUUGGAACCGGGGCGAGGCGAUUUCAUGUCUCUGCAGCCUUCAGUGCCAAGGCCAAGGUGGCAAUGAGCCGCUUUGAGCCUGGCUCCAGUAUUAACUAUGAGAAGAUGCACGAGAACAUCAACAUAGUACGCAAGAGGCUCAACAGACCUCUUACCCUGUCAGAGAAAAUUGUGUACGGCCACCUGGAUGAUCCAGUGGGGCAGGAGAUUGACCGUGGCCGAACCUACCUACGACUGCGCCCAGACCGUGUGGCUAUGCAGGAUGCCACAGCUCAGAUGGCAAUGCUUCAGUUCAUCAGCAGUGGUCUGCCCAAGGUGGCUGUUCCGUCCACCAUCCACUGUGAUCACCUGAUUGAGGCUCAGAUUGGAGGAGCUCAGGACCUACAGAGAGCUAAGGAAGUCAAUCAGGAAGUAUAUAACUUCCUUGCAAGUGCUGGUGCUAAGUAUGGAGUGGGCUUCUGGAAACCAGGCUCAGGGAUCAUUCAUCAGAUCAUCUUGGAGAACUAUGCUUACCCUGGAGUCAUGCUGAUUGGCACAGACUCCCACACACCCAAUGGUGGUGGUCUGGGCAGCAUCUGUAUUGGUGUAGGUGGAGCUGAUGCUGUGGAUGUCAUGGCUGGGAUCCCUUGGGAGCUUAAGUGUCCCAAAGUGAUUGGAGUGAGGCUGACAGGCACCUUGUCUGGCUGGACUUCUCCAAAAGACGUCAUCCUGAAGGUGGCAGGCAUUCUGACUGUAAAAGGUGGCACUGGGGCCAUCGUGGAGUACCAUGGACCUGGAGUUGAUUCCAUCUCCUGCACUGGAAUGGCCACUAUCUGCAACAUGGGUGCUGAGAUUGGAGCAACCACUUCUGUUUUUCCAUACAACCAUCGCAUGAGAACCUACCUGGAGAAAACUGGCCGUGCAGAAAUUGCCUCUGUGGCUGACCAGUUUCAAGAUGACUUGGUCCCAGAUCCAGGGUGUGAAUAUGACCAAAUCAUUGAGAUUAAUCUGAGCGAGUUGAAGCCCCACAUCAACGGGCCGUUCACUCCUGACCUGGCCCACCCUGUGUCCGAGAUUGGGGCUGUAGCUAAGAAGAGUGGCUGGCCUCUGGAGGUUAAAGUUGGUUUGAUUGGCAGCUGCACUAACUCAAGCUAUGAGGACAUGGGCAGAGCAGCCUCUUUGGCCAAACAGGCUCUAGAUAAAGGCCUGAAGUGCAAGGCCCAGUUCACAGUCACCCCGGGCUCUGAACAGAUCCGGGCCACAAUUGAGAGGGAUGGAUAUGCCAAGAUUUUGAGUGACGUUGGCGGAAUCGUACUGGCAAAUGCUUGUGGACCCUGCAUCGGACAGUGGGACAGGAAGGAUGUGAAAAAAGGAGAGAAGAAUACUAUUGUCACUUCAUUCAAUAGAAACUUCACAGCCAGGAAUGAUGCAAACCCUGCUACUCAUGCUUUUGUCACCUCUCCUGAGAUUGUCACAGCUCUGGCUCUCGCUGGAACUCUGAACUUUAACCCUGAGACUGACUACCUGACUGCUCCUAAUGGAGAGAAGUUUAAGUUGGAGCCUCCCACCGGUGAUGAGCUCCCAUCCAGAGACUUCGACCCAGGGCAGGACACCUACCAGCACCCACCAGCCGAGAGCAGCUCAAUAAAGGUGGAUGUCAACCCCUCCAGCAACCGUUUGCAACUGCUGGAGCCUUUUGACAAAUGGCAUGGAGGAGAUUUGACAAACAUGAAGGUCCUCAUCAAGGUGAAGGGUAAGUGCACCACUGACCACAUCAGUGCUGCUGGUCCCUGGCUGAAAUUCCGUGGCCACUUGGACAACAUCUCCAACAAUCUGCUGAUUGGAGCAGUCAACAUUGAGAAUGAUGGUGUGAACAAGGUGAAGAAUCAGCUGACAGGGGAGUAUGGAGGUGUGCCUGACGUGGCCCGCCACUACAAGGCCAAUGGGGUGAACUGGGUGGUGGUUGGAGAUGAGAACUACGGAGAAGGAUCCAGCAGAGAGCAUGCUGCCUUGGAGCCACGACACUUGGGAGGACGUGCCAUCAUCGUCAAGAGCUUUGCACGAAUCCAUGAGACUAACCUGAAGAAACAGGGCCUGCUGCCCUUGACUUUUGCAGAUCCCCACGACUACAACAAAAUUCGCCCUGACGACAGCAUUUCAAUCACUGGACUCAAGUCAUUUGCUCCUGGGAAGCCCCUGACAGCAGUAAUCACACACAUCAAUGGCAGCCAGGAGUCCAUCUCUUUAAACCACACCUUCAAUGAGACGCAGAUCGAGUGGUUCAAGGCUGGCUCUGCCCUCAACAGAAUGAAAGAGCUGCAGUAACUGGAAGAGGAGGGAAGUGGGACCUAGAAGGAGCCGUGAAGGAGUCUUUGAGUGGGUAAAGAAGGAAGAACUAUGGGCCUAGAGAGAAACUUUGCAAAGAGGGAGAGACAAUGUGAAUGAGAGAUGGAUGAUAUUAAUUUUGUUUAAGGGCAGCUGUAAUCAUGCUCUCUUAAACAAAAGGUACACACACAUACACACAUCACACAAGGUCGCUGUGCAGAUAAAAAGCGCACACACACACUGUACUUAUACACGCAUAUGUAGAUGCACAGACAGGAUUACUACGAAAGCACUCUUGGUUGGCAGUUACACAAAUGCACUCCAACAAUUGCACAUACCCACUACCCUCUCUGUGUAAAGCUUCUUGUAACCAGUGUCAUCCAUGGUGGCAGCAAAUGAACUAGCAAGCUUAUUUGGUGAUUGAUUUAACCCUGUAGUGUUUGUAGAGUGUGUUUGUCCAACCUGUUUGUGUGUGUCUUUAUGACAUUAUAGUAGACGGAAGUAUUAACACAACAGCAUUAUUUGUGAUCAGCGCCACUGAUUGGUUAUUGUACAUCACCUUUAAAACUGUAUCUAUCAAUGCACACAAACCUGAUUCAGACAAUGAAAUGAAGGUAGAUAAAAAAAAUGUCACGUCUAAAGUUGGUUAAGCACUGACGAGUUUGCAGCCUCUUGCUUUAUUAUCUCACUCCUUGCAAUUCACUAUAAGCCACUUAAUACACGUGCCCUUUUUUCACCAACACACACCUAGUGCUAGUUCGCAGCUGAUGCUAGUGUUAGUUUGAAAAUGGUCCAAGUUGCAAACCUAAGAAAUGGCUUUUCCUUUACACAUCUCCACUUUCCCAGGAAUGCUAGCACCAACCUCAGGCACAACUUCCUCGGGCUGGGAAGAAUAAAAUGUUCUACUAGCGAUGAGGUUGGUCUUGUUGGUCAUGAAAACCCUAUCCCCUGCUCCUGUUGUAUGCGGUUGUUGGCUUUAGACCUGCAAAGUCGUGAUGCUCAUCUAGAACCAGUUUUUCUGGCCGACAGCUAGUCAAUGUCAAAACAUGAUGAACUGGUCCUGGAUUAGACCCCAGCUCUGAACUGGUCCUUAAACUAGGCUUGGUGGAAAAGGGUUAAGGGGCGUCUUCAUACCUCAAUACGUCUACAUUCUAUAUCUACCCCACUUCAUUUUUUUUCUUCAUUAUACAUCCUCUUAAGGCUUUGCCUCAAUUUCCAUCCAAAUGGCCCCAUAAGAUGACUAAGUUGUUUAACUCACAUGAAUGUAGUUUUUCUCAACUGUCACCUCAAGUACAUCUUUUUUCUGCAGGGUUUUCUGUUGAGAUUACUGACUUGAACAGAUGUCUCCCCAGUGUGGUUGACUGGAUGCACACUGUAAUGAAAGUACCAGGCUUACUUAUUAUUUACUGUAAGCAGUAUCAGUAAAAUCCCAUCAGUCAUGGUGCAGCUGCAGCCCACCCUGCUCUCAAUCCAUCCAAGAUGUUAUGAUAUCAUUCUGCUGUUUUUGCACUUCUCAUAUUGUGCCUGUUGAGAUUGUAGUUGACUCUGGUACUUUUGUCUGUUACUUUCCUAACGCUCUUCCCUCCCUCAUUCAUGCUCUCUUUUUUAUUUACAUUAAAACACUGCAUGAUGUGCAGACUGCCCUGUGGGGUCACCUGUCUCACCGUGCCACCGUUGUGUUUGCAUUAGCUUUGCUAGGCUUUCCUUUCAUCUGUGUUUUUUUCCUUUGUGUGUCGUGUAAUGCAUGAUGGGUUUAUCAGGUUAACAUCGAUAUGUGUUUUGCAUUGGUCUGUCCUCCUUUGCUACUCUUGCUUCUCUUUUGGCUUUCUCCAGGCUUGCUCAUGCAAUCCAAACCGCAACCUGAUAUGUUUUUUAAAAUAGCCUGAUCAAGUUGAUGAUGCGAGGCUGUAAAACUGCUCUGGUAUAGGAUUUAAUGUAAAUGCAUAAGGUAAAUAUGCAUUCAGAUGUUGGCCCAAUUUUUUUUCAUGUUCUUGUUGAUUAUAUAUCAUUUUCAUCCCAGUUAAAACUACAUGAAUCAAGCUGUACAGAUCUGUUGAUCUUCCUGUUUGGGUGUCAUGUUAACAUAGUUUCUCUGUGUUUUUGCCCUAGCCCCCCCUCACCAAAUUUCUUCUCACAUUUGUCUGGAGCUGUCGGUGUGUCAAAUUGCCUGGUGCAGUUGUAAUGGGAGAUGACAAGUUGUGUUUGUGUUUUUUACUCAGGUUGAGGUUUGGGUCCUCCAUAGCAUGGGAAAGCCUGCUGUGUUCUUACAUGAAACUAACGCACAAUCUAGUGUACAGGCAUCUGUACACUAGCACUUUGUAGGCAUAGGAAAGUAACUUUAGGUCUGCUUUACUGUUCUUCAUUUUCUUGCCUCAGCUUACAUUUAUGUUAUGCAAUGUUUUAGAACUGACAUACAACUUAUUCAUAUGUGAGUUUUUAGAUAGUAGAAUGGCCAUAAAUGGUAUAAAUCAGAAUCUUGCCACUGAAACUGUAUGUUUAUUUAUUUUUGUGGGCUUUUGGAUGUUUGAAGUCAUUGUUGCUUAAUUUUCUGUGGCCACACUGCUGGUCCUGUGAAUCCGUCUUCAUUCUGCUGUUGAUAUACUAACUCUUUGAAUUAAUAUUUAAAGCCCCUGAAGUUAAUCCCUAUAAUCUUAAAAGUCCAAACUUUGUGUAAAUGAUGUGAUAUAAAGCUGGACUUUGUAUAGGGUUGUGUACAUAAGAAACAAAGGAGAUUAUAGAUCUGUAUAAACAAAGAGGCAGCAAGAGGCAUGUUGAGUGGUGCCUGUUGAGAAGAAAAAAUGAUUUGUGACCUUUUUAUAAAUGUGAUGUUCCGAUAGUACAAAAUAGGUUCCCCUUUGUGUCGUACAUAAUUAAGUAAUAGAAGUAGAUAAUGGUUUCACAAACUGUGGACUUAAAGUUAAAUUAAAGCACAGAUUUAACUGUUGGUUCCUGUUGGAUUUUGACCUUGAAAAUGUUUAUUUUAAGAAAAAAGACUAAGCGUUUUAGUUUUUUGGUCCUUUUUAAACUAUUUUUAGAUGCAUAUAAGAUUUACAUUUUGGACAAAGAGUAAAUUAUUCCUCAUUGUUAUAUAUAUAUUUAACUGCAGCAAAUAUACAAAAAUAUUUCUUUUGCCCUUAUCAACUUCAUCACUUUCAUUAAACACUCCUCAUCAGUUUAUCUGCCAAAGAUGCCUAAUGAAAGUACUGGUGUGUGAACAAUGGGUAUCCAUGAGAUGCAUUUGAAAACAAGAUUUUCAUGUCCAUAAUCAUUUCAUUGAUAUGCAGGUUGUUGUCUCCUUCAUCAGUGUCAGUAAAUUGUCUUCAAAUAUAUGAAUUAAUUUUGAUUAUUCUCUUUCCUCUGUCUGCACUUUUCACACAGCCAUUUUACUUUGAUGUAACAGGAAAUAAUUUUGUUCACUAGUUCAGGUCUUUGAAAUGUAAAAGUGUUACUCAUGAAGUGACAAAUGAAACAUUUUCCUUUGAAAGCAUUGUGUGGUGGCAUGCCCAUUGUGUAGUUUUGUACUCAGGUUCACUCUGUUUGAUCAGGCUUCUCUGAUGUGUUUGGAGUAGUUCAACAAGCUUCAUUUGCUCAGAUGCAGCAAAUCAAAGUGAAAUGCUAACAUGUUUUUCAUAGUGAUGAUUCCCUUCACACUCCUGUUUUAAUGUAAUACUUGAUUUUGACAAAAGCAAAUGGUUUAAAAUGCUUGCAGUUUUGUAGCUCGAAUGAUUCAAAAUAUGCUAACAUGUACAUUUAAACGGUAUAUUAAUAAAGACUCAUUUCUGAAGUGGA